AUGGUUAUGGAUACUCCUGCGUCGAGUUCAGUAACUACUUCUUCUGCUUGUUUGAAUUGUCCGGUUGACAAGUUUGGUAGAAAAUUUGGGAUGGACUUAGUGUGCCUUCCUCUUGAACAACUUGACGUUAUUCUGGGAAUGAUAUGGUUGGAAUUCAACCGAGUUCAUAUUAAUUGCUUUACGAAGAUGGUUAUCUUUCCUGGAGAGAGUAGUGUUGAGGAUUUGGCGAUGACUACUAAGCAGGUAAAUGAAGCGGUCAGAGAUGGGGCUACAAUGUUCAUAUUAUUUGCAUCCAUGGAGGUGAAAGGGAAAGUGGUGAGUAAUGAAUUACCGGUAGUACGAGACUUUCCAGAUGUUUUUCCAGAAGAGGUUAGAGAGUUGCCACCUGAGAGGGAAGUUGAGUUUGCGAUCGAAUUAAUUCCUGGGACGAGUCCUGUGUCGAUGGCGCCUUAUCGCAUGUCGACAUCCGAGUUGACUGAAUUGAAGAGUCAAUUAGAAGAGUUUCUUGAGAAAGAAUUCAGUCGUCCUAGUGUUUCACUGUGGGGUGCGCCGGUGUUGUUGGUUAUGGCUUCGUGGGCGGAAGUUGCCCAACAAAAGCUGGUGCCAAAUCUUGAUGACUUUAGCACUAAAGGGGUCCUUUUCCAUGAGGGUCCUCAACAUACGAUAGGUGGUCAUGUUGAUGGUGUUGUCAUCAAAAGCUUCUCCAAAAUUUUCACAUCUCAGCAAGUUAGAGAUGGUGGAGGGAGUGAUGGCUUUGAUGGUGUUGAAGGUUAA